CUAUUUUUUUGUAUAUAACUAAUUCGCACUGGGUAAGGGCAGCUGCUAAGAAAUAAAAUAAAUGAUAAUGUAUUUUUUAAUGUAUUCAUUCACAGGUAUUUUCAAGAAGAAGCUAUGCAGAAAAAUAACUCAUCCUACACUACAAUGUUUACCCUUUCUGGAUUAAAUGAAUCAAGCACAAAUAAAUAUAUCUAUUUUUCUUUCACUCUCCUGGGUUAUCUCUUUAUCAUUUGUGUUAAUUUAACUCUAAUUGUAAUAAUAGCUCUUGAAAAGACACUUCAUGAACCCAUGUAUUUCUUCCUCUGUAAUCUGAGUGCUAAUGCACUGUAUGGAACUGCUGGUUUCUUUCCUAAACUACUGUUUGAUUUUCUGUCUGAUACGCAUGUCAUCUCGUAUUCUGGGUGCCUUCUACAAAUAUUUGUCAUCUACAGUUUUUCUACGUGUGAAUUAUCAAAUUUAACAGUGAUGGCAUAUGAUAGGUAUGUGGCAAUAUGCAGGCCCCUGGAGUACCAUGCUAUCAUGUCGCCUUUGACGACUGGUAAAUUAAUUCUGUUUUCUUGGAUUUUUCCAUUCUGUUGUGUGUGUAUUGGUACUCUACUGACUUUCAGGUUGCCCUUAUGUGGCUCCCACAUUGAAAAACUAUAUUGUGAUAACUGGUCAAUUGUGAAAUUAUCUUGUGUAGGGACUACUGUUAACAAUGGAUAUGGAUAUGUUAUAAUAUGUCUAUUCUUUGCACAUUUCCUUUUUAUUUUAUUUUCCUACAUGAAAAUACUCAGAGCGUGCCGGGCAUCUAGUAUAGCAAUGAGUAAAUGUUUGCAGACCUGUUUGCCACAUUUGUUGACUGUGAUCAAUUACAUCAUUGCCUUGCUUUUUGAUGUAAUGUACAGUAAAUACGGUUCAUAUGAUAUUCCACAGGUUUUACACAAUCUCCUGUCAGUGGAAUUUCUGAUCGUCCCUCCUGUUUUCAAUCCUGUCAUUUAUGGUUUAAACUUUCAAAAGAUCCGGAACAAAGUCACAAGAAUGUGCAGCAGAAAUAAAGUAAUUCACACUUAA